GACUGUGCUGAUAACAUGAUGGUGACGCAGGUCUUAAUGCUUCUUUAUUUUCUGGUGCUUACUAGACAAAAAGCUCAUGGGACUGAGAUCAUACAUGGCAAAAAGGUACCUGAUGACUUGAUGCUGUACAUGGCCUCUGUUCAGAACAACAAAGCUCAUGUGUGUGGAGGAUUUCUCAUUAGUGAAGACUUUGUGGUCACAGCUGCACACUGUGAUAAACCAAACCUCAGCGUUGUUCUUGGAACUCACAAUCUCAAGAAGGUCAAUGAUGGCACAAUGAGAUACGAUGUAACCAAGUGCAAGUACUCAAAUUUUAAAAAUGUCACAUCUGGCAAUGAUAUUAUGCUUCUCAAACUGUCUAGGAAAGCGCAGCUUAAUGAACGAGUGUCGCCGAUCCAGAUACCGAGAGCUGAGAUGAAACUGAAAGCCAAAACUAAGUGCCGUUUAGCCGGCUGGGGCAGCGCAAAAGCCAAUGGUGAAGUUUCCAAUGUGCUCAAAAUAGUGGAAGUGUCCAUGAUUGACCUAAAGGAAUGUAAAAAUAAAUGGAAAUAUUUGAGACUUGUUCUUCCAAACAAUGUUACCUGUGCAGUAAGUGUGCAUAACCCAAAGACCGGAUUCUGUAAGGGUGAUUCCGGGGGACCUCUAGUGUGCGGAGGGAUUGCCACAGGCCUUGUGUCUUUCAACAGAUCCUGUGACCCAGAUGUACCUAUGGUCUAUACAGAUGUAUCAAAAUAUGCGUCCUGGAUUAGAAAAGUUCUUAACUCUACCCUUUUCAUCCUCUUUACACGCAACUGCUCUGCUAUCCACCCCACAAACAUGGUUGUAACGUUUGACACCUCUAUGGUGGGUCUUAUAUUCAACAAUGAUGAGACCCACUACAAGAGCAAACUACUGCAUAAAAGGCACAGCUUCACCAUGCAACAAUUUAAAGCUGGAUUGGCUGUCAUCAUGAAAAGUCUGGAUAAUCUUCUGCUGCUUAACAUUCUGACAUGUCUUGGGCAAGCUGUCCAUGGGAUUCAGAUCAUACAUGGAGAAAAAGUCCCGGAGAACUCGAUGCUGUACAUGGUUUCAGUUCAAAACAAUAAACACCAUGUAUGUGGAGGUUUCCUCGUCAGCGAGGACUCUGUGGUUACUGCAGCACACUGUGGUGGCGAUGAACUUAAAUACGUUCGUCUGGGAAACCAAAACCUCAAAAGCUCAAGGAUGAAAAAGAUACGGGUUAAUUCCACAUGCAAACCCCGUGAUUAUGUGGCUCCACAAAGUGGUAAUGACAUCAUGCUUCUUCAACUGUCUGAAAAAGUUCCUCUAAACAAUGGAGUGAAAACAAUUCCUCUUCCUAAGUCUAACAUACUCUUAGGAGAAAAUCAAAUAUGUUCUGUGGCUGGAUGGGGUGCAAUUAAGACAAAAUCUCCCAGUGUGGAUGACCUGAGAGUGGUAAAUGUAUCAAUCAUAAACCCCAGGAGCUGUAAAAUGUAUUGGGAUGGUCUUCUUCCACCCAAUGUGAUCUGUGCAGGUGGAUAUGGUACAAACAAAGGAUUCUGUCAGGGUGAUUCUGGUGGUCCUCUGGUGUGCAACGGGAUAGCUGUUGGUGUCGUGUCAUUCAACAGGGGUUUAAACUGCGAGUACCCAGAUGUACCCAACGUCUAUACAGAUGUUUCAAAAUUUCUGCAGUGGAUCAACAAAUUUCUGAAUGAAAAGAAAUGUGUUUAAUUUGUUUUUUCCACAUUUUGUGCUCCAGCACAAAUUCACUGUACAUUGGAGCGAAAAUUGUGCCUCAACUUUCCGUUGCAUGUCAGCUUGUGCAUUA